AACGAUUAAAUUCAGGCAUUGCAACCUCCUUGAGCUUGUGAAAAUGCGCCAGGGGAAUCGCGGAGGCAGGCCGACUUUGCGGCAGGGCUUGGAUCGCGAUGUCUACCAAGUUGUGCGCAAAAUCGUCGACGACCAGAUUGAGAAAGACCAGCUGCGGCUAACCGUUCCCGCCAUAUACGACAGCAUCAAGAGAUCGAAUUCCAGCCUGAACCGGAGACCGAAGAGGGUAUUGGAGGAUAGUCUCGAGCGGGUCGUGGAAAUGGUGAAACUCGAUGUAUUCGGAGAUGAUGAGGAGGACUUGGUAGAAGGUAACUUUGAGGGCUUGGAAGAGCAGAAGCCUCCGCCCCAGGAGUCCAACAAUCUCAAUAAGAGCCUUGUCAGCAUGUGGAACACCGGAUCGAAGUCACAAACACCAACCGAAGCAAACGGCGCUGACAAUGCGCCGGCAUCUACAUCGACGUCGACGAAGAAACGAGAACGACAAAAUAAAAGCGAAUCGUCUUCCAAGCGACGGAAAGCCGAAUCCCAAGUCGAUAGAUCACCACCGACACAUGUGAGCCUUACGGAUUUGGGUGGGUUGGACGAAGUCAUUGAAGACCUGGGCGAUCUCGUUAUCCUACCGAUGACCCGUCCUCAAGUGUAUUUGUCGUCGAAUGUCCAACCACCACGGGGUGUCUUAUUACAUGGUCCGCCAGGAUGCGGUAAAACAAUGAUUGCGAACGCCUUUGCGGCCGAACUCGGAGUUCCGUUCAUUUCCAUUUCAGCGCCAUCGAUUGUGUCGGGAAUGUCUGGUGAAUCUGAAAAGGCCCUCAGAGAACACUUUGAUGAAGCAAAACGGAUCGCACCUUGCCUUAUCUUCAUAGACGAAAUAGAUGCCAUUACGCCAAAGCGCGAAAGCGCACAGAGGGAAAUGGAGAAGAGAAUUGUCGCCCAGCUUCUAACAUGUAUGGAUGAUCUGGCGUUGGAGAAGACGGAAGGGAAGCCCGUGAUUGUUCUCGCAGCGACAAACCGUCCGGACAGCUUGGACGCAGCCCUGCGUCGCGGUGGGAGAUUCGACAAGGAGAUCAACAUGACAGUUCCGUCCGAACCCGUGCGAGAGAAAAUCAUUCGGGCUCUCACGCGGAAGAUGCGCCUUGCGGACGACCUGGAUUUCAAGACGUUGGCCAAGAGGACACCGGGUUUUGUUGGUGCUGAUUUGAACGAUCUCGUCUCGACAGCCGGCGCUACUGCUAUCAAGAGGUACCUUGAGAUCCUAAAAUCUAACAGUGGCGAGGAAAUGGAUAUCGAAGAUGAAUCGGACGAAGUUAGUCCCAAAAUUAAAGAAUUGCGACGACUUAUCAUGCAUGCAAAAGAGAACCCUGUCGGGGAGGAAUCCCAAGUGGUUGAAGUCUCGAAUCAGGACUUCUUCAUAGCACUCCCCAAGAUCCAGCCAUCAUCCAAACGUGAAGGUUUCGCAACGAUCCCUGAUACUACCUGGGCAGACAUUGGUGCUUUGGGAGGUGUCCGUGACGAACUUUCUACAGCCAUCGUCGAACCAAUCAGGAACCCCGAAGUCUACGAAAGCGUCGGUAUCAGUGCACCCACAGGAGUCUUGCUCUGGGGUCCACCUGGUUGUGGUAAAACACUACUUGCCAAAGCCGUGGCCAACGAGUCCCGCGCGAACUUCAUCAGCGUUAAAGGUCCCGAAUUACUUAACAAAUUCGUCGGAGAGUCUGAACGGUCCGUACGACAAGUCUUCGUCCGCGCUCGCUCGUCUGUUCCCUGCGUUAUCUUCUUUGAUGAACUGGACGCUCUUGUCCCUCGUCGUGAUGAUACAGUCUCCGAGGCCUCUGCGCGUGUCGUGAACACACUCCUUACCGAACUCGACGGCUUGGGCAGUAGUCGUCAAGGCAUCUACGUAAUCGCAGCAACCAACAGACCGGAUAUCAUCGAUCCAGCAAUGCUCCGUCCAGGUCGUCUCGAGACCCUCCUCUUCGUGAACCUGCCAAGCCCAACAGAGCGUGUGGAUAUUCUGCACACAAUUGUUCGCAACCUGUCCAUCGAGUUCAGUGAGGAUCUCAGGAAACUGGCCGAGGACUGCGAAGGGUUCAGCGGUGCGGACUUGGGAAGCUUGCUUCGGAGAGCUGGAUACUCCGCUAUCAAGAGGCGGGAUACCAUCAAGUUCGAGGACUUUGUGGCUGCCAAGUCGUUUAUUCGGCCCAGUGUUACUGAUUUGAGGAAGUAUGAGAAGUUGAGGAGGGAUUGGAGCGGAGGCGUUCUGUAAAUAUAUUAUAGACCAGGUUUUUUUU